AAAAUGGGCGAAAUGUGGAACAAACCGUAUAUGGGAAUAAUAAUCUUUUGUAUGAUGGCCUGCGGUGGAUUAACUCUACCUACAGAGUUGGUCAGAUACUCUCAGUUGGGAGAUGGACCACCACCGGAGGUCAAUAUAAGUUCAGUGACUGCCUCUGAUAACCUGGUAUUGAAAACGGACACAUCCUCGGCUGCUCCAGAGUUUGAGUACACCCUGAUUGGCGAGGAUCCGAAGGAUCAGCAAUGGUUUCGUGUGAGUCUUACACCGAAAGCCAACAAAACGGGCUAUCGGGCACAGUUUGCCACUCGAAAACAUCCGCCCUUCGAUGCAAAGGUGGCCCAUCGCCAUGAUAAGACCAUCCAAGAUCUACUCAACUGGCUGGACCGCUCUGAGGAUCAAAGUCUGUGGAAAGUUUAUCGGGACCUCUUGGAAUACACGCCACAGGCACAAAGAUCGCAAGAGUCUCCUAGUAGUAAUGAAAUUGUAAAAGAGGGUAAGGUGCCAAGGAAGCAGGGAUGCCGAAAUAACAAUCAUCGUCUGCUCCUUGUGGGAGAAGAACCAACCAGCACUACUGCAUCAGCAUCACCAAGUAAAACACAGUCGCCGGAUAACUUGGUUUACUUUAUCAAGGGGCUUCAAUAACCACAAAAAAUAGUGUUACAAAACCUAAUCAUUUCUGGUAAUGGUUAAUAAUACGAUAAGAAUUUAAAUUAAACAUUUGAAUUGAUUUAUUUAUCUAAAAUAACAGCCUACUUUCGACUAUUUAUUAUUCGU